AGCUUUUGCCAUUUUCAAGCUAUAUCAAAUAUUAUUAAUAUGAGUCAAGCUGAUACACACGGCUCCAAUGGAUCCCUGGAUGAAUCAGACAUAACGGCGGCAUUUGAUUUAAACAUUCUAGGCAUGUUGGCCAUUGAACAACGCUGCUCGACGACACGCAAGCAGCAGGAACAAUUGCAAGGCGAACAGGAGACGGGUGCGGUAAAUUUGGAGCCGCCAGUGGCAGGCGAGGAAGCCAGACCUGAUACCGUCGCUGUCACGGAACCCCCGCCACCGCCAUCGUCAGCGCCACCGCCAAGGACACCGUCGCCGCCACAGUUACCGCCAGCUGCCCGAACAAAACGCCGUAAACAGCCGAAUCCUUUGCAGCGUGCCGCCCAGUUCAGGCGCGAGGUGCGGACGCUGCAGCGUUCGCCGCAUUUUAUGAUACCGCGUUUGUCCUUUGGGCGCGUGGUCCGUGACAUUAUGCUGCAGCACACUGAAUCGCCCUAUCGCAUCACCAUUGGCGCUCUGGAGGCCCUGCAGACGGCCACGGAGAUGUUUCUUACGCAACGCUUUCAGGACUCUUACCUGAUGACCCUGCAUCGCAGUCGGGUGACUCUGGAGAUUAGCGGAAAAUUGGUUAAAAAGGGUAACGAGGUUAUGUACAUCUGUACAGUCUGGAAUGCGACUACGAGCCAAGUCGGUCUAGCCAAAUUUCAAAAGAGUAACCUUUUCGUAAGGGAAGAUUGGAAGAUUGCUGGACACAGGGCAGAUCCCAAUCGGAUCAUAGCUGCUUCAUAUUGAUACCAUACUCAACUCAAGACUCCGGCCAACCCAAUUCAAGCCCAAUCAUUCAUUGGCAUCAUAUGUGCUGGCGCCCACUCAGCAAAAAGCGACGGAGAAGAGGCGAAAACUUUUGCCCCAAGUGAUUACUCAAUUUAAAUGGCAACAGCUUUCCCCAGUCUCGAGGCUUUUGUAUGCUAAAACAAAAAACAAACCCCGA